ACACCGUUAUCAGCUGCGUUUAAUUGAAGGACACGUGGUUUGUAGAUGUGGAAACACUUAAAUCGCUCAAUCACGUUUUGAUAAGAACUGAAUAAUUAUCUUCGGUGCAAACACAACGGUCUAGUUAAGAACCAGUAUCAUUCUGGCCCAUUAUUGUUAAUCAAACUUUUUUACCGCAGCAAGAGGAUGUUGAAGGGAGCUGUUGCUUUAGUGACUGGAGGGGGAUCUGGCCUGGGGUUGGCGACGGUUCAAAGAUUUGUGAAGCAAGGGUCAAAAGUUGUUAUUGCUGAUCUUGCCACAUCUAACUCACGUGAGAUCGCAGAUCAGCUCGGACCAUCUGUAGCAUUUUCUCCGACUGAUGUAAGAUCAGAGGAAGAUGUCACGACGGCAUUGAACUUGGCGAAGAAAAAGUUUGGUAAAUUGGACGUGGUCGUAAAUUGUGCUGGUAUUGGUGUAGCUUUUAAAACAUACAAUUUUAAUAAGAAGGCUGCACAUCAUUUGGAUGAUUUUGUAAAUGUACUGAUGGUCAAUACUGUCGGAACAUUCAACGUAAUUCGAUUGGCAGCCGCUCUGAUCGGUGAGAAUGAGCCUAACGAAGAUGGGCAACGGGGAGUCAUAGUGAACACAUCCAGCAUAGCAGCUUUCGAUGGACAGAUCGGCCAAGCUGCUUAUGCAGCAAGUAAAGCUGCUGUGGCUGGCAUGACUCUUCCCAUUGCCAGAGAUUUGUCAACUCAAGGUAUUCGCGUUGUGACUAUUGCACCUGGGUUAUUCGAUACGCCACUGUUACAAUCAAUCCCUCAGAAAGUGAGAGAUUUUCUGGCAGCCACGGUACCCUUUCCACCAAGACUAGGAAAUCCUGCCGAAUAUGCACAAUUUGUAGAAUCGGUUAUCGAGAAUCCAAUGCUUAAUGGCGAAGUCAUAAGACUGGACGGAGCCUUGAGAAUGCAGGCAUAAAGUAAAUGGCUUCUUCCUUUACUACAGGUUUUUUUAUUAUGUAGAAUUAGUUAUGUGAAUAAUUGUUAUAAAUAAAUAAAGGUAUCUGAGCUAGCAGCUCGAGACACACAGACAUUGA